CGCGACACUUCGCCUCGAUUUUGUUGCCAGCAGCGCCCCAAGAGGCUGGUAGGUUACACUGUGAAUUCGGCGCGAUCGUGAAAGAGAAUAGUGGUUGUUUAUUUUGAUUUAUACAAUGGCUUUUACUGGCGGGAGCGUUUGUAGCGCAAUACAUUGCACCAACAACAGGAAGAAGACACCACAGCUGUCUUUUUUUAGGUUUCCUAAGGAUCCUGAGAGGAGCAGAAAAUGGCUUGUUAAUAGCAGGCGAGAAGACCUCAUUAAGAAAGAACCAGUGUACCUGUAUAAUAAUAUUAGGUUUUGUUCGCUACAUUUCGAACAAAACCUGUUCAUGAACGCAGACAACAACAAACUCGUGUGGAAUGCAGUACCCACACUGUUUGACAUUCCAAAUAAGCCACCUCAGCUGACGAUGAAGAGGAAACUGCCACAAAGAUUCGACAGUCAAUCUAAAGCAGUAAAACAGUCCUAUGACACAGAAGCAGCCGGUUCAACUCUGCAUGUAUCAGUGCCAGAUUCGUGUGAAUUGUCAACACAGACUUGCUUUGACGAUGAAGUGGUUAGAUUAAGUGCAGCUGUUCGUGUCUUACAAAAGCGUGUGAAGUGUUAGAAUGUGCAAAUCGCUAGACUUCGAGCGAAACUAUUACGGGACAAGGAAAGUGCCUACAGACAGCGACAGAAACUGUAUCAGAAGGAGCAAGUGAACAAGGACAAACGAAUGUUAAAGACCAUAGGAUCCCCAUAUUUAAAAAAAGUGCCCUUGACUUGUUGUUAAGCCAGAUUAGCAUGCCAUUGAAAGAGAAACGUGCUGCAAGAUGGAAAGACGAAAAUAAGCUGUUUGCUCUAAAUUUAUUAUAUUACAGCACUCAGGCAUACAGGUUUUUGUCAGAAUGUUUUAUGCUUCCAUCAGUGCGUAGGGCUACAUUACAAAGGUAUGUGGAAGGCAUACAAAUAAAAUGUGGGAUAAGUGACAAUAUAUUCCAUCUUUUAAAGCAAAAGGUGCAACAUUUUUCUUAUAAUGAUAAACUUGUGAACAUGUCAUUGGAUGAAAUGUCUCUAAUGGCAAAUUUGACAUA